CAUUCUCAUUUUCUAUUCAAAAACGCACCAAACACUACUCUUAAACUCCUUUGUAUUUUCAUCUUUAUUUUGCUAUUAUUACCUAUCAAUCCAAAAAUUCAUCUUUAAAGCCAAUGCAACCUUUUUUUCAUCAUAUAAAUCUUUCAUCACACCUAACCUCAUAAGUCAUAUCCAUAUAUAAUUAUUUCAUUUUAGUUGUUUCUCUUUAAAUGGAUCCAUUUAUCGUCCUCAUCACUUUGCUUACAAUCUGCAGAGGAGUAUCAGGUGCUACAUUUACACUGAUAAACAAAUGUGGAUACACAGUAUGGCCCGGUACUCUAUCCAAUUCAGGCAGCACUCCAUUGGAAAGCACCGGAUUUGAGCUUCAACCGGGUGGGUCUCGAUCCUUUCCGUCACCGCCAAAUUGGUCGGGUCGGUUCUGGGGUAGAACCGGUUGCACAUUUGACCCAGCUACAGGUCAGGGUACUUGCUUAACAGGUGAUUGUGGAACGAACUUAAUUUCAUGCAAUGGUCAAAAUGCCAAGCCACCUGCCACUUUAGCCGAAUUCACAAUCGGGUCGGGCACCCAGGAUUUCUACGAUGUUAGUUUAGUUGAUGGGUAUAACGUACCAAUGAUUGUUCAACCCAAUGGUGGGUCGGGUCCUUGUUUGGCAACUGGAUGUGUAACUGAUGUGAAUCAGCAAUGCCCGAUGGAGCUACGGGUCGGGUCGGGUGAGGCUUGUAAGAGUGCUUGUGAAGCAUUUGGGACGCCUGAGUACUGUUGCAGCGGCGCUUAUGCUACGCCGGACACGUGUAAGCCGUCUGUUUAUUCGGAAAUGUUUAAAACGGCGUGUCCGAAAUCAUACAGCUAUGCGUACGAUGAUGCUACAAGUACAUUUACGUGCACAGGAGCUGAUUAUUUGAUUACAUUCUGCCCUUCCUCAACAAGUCAAAAAUCUGCAACUGCAGCUGCAACUGCAACAGUUCCAUCUCAAUCUAAUAGCACAAGCACAACAGAUGGAUCUGAAAAUGAUGAUAAUAAUGGGGUCGGCAUUUCAUGGUUGCCAAAUUUGUUCACCGGAGGCUCGUCCAAAUCGUUUUCUUCAUCAUCGGCGGGGUACUUCACAUCGGUCGCUUCGACAAUUUAUAUUAUGUUCAUAUAUUCAUAGGCUGUUCUUUCUUUGAAGAGCAGACUUUGGAGUUGUAAAGCCAAUUUUCCAGGCCACACACAUGUAUAUAGGAGUUUUAUUUAAGACUUUAGGAAACUGCA